AUGCUCGAUUCCCUUACCAAUGAUAGUGUCUUUUCAAUAACUUCCCCCUUAGUUCAGAACAUGGAUUCCAAUUCUAUAAAGAAACCUGUUACCAUGAGUACUGAGGAUGGGGAGGAGAUUAUUGUUGUUGAACCUACUGAUCCGGAUGAGGAUAGACGCAAUCUGGAAGCCGUCUCAGCUCCUGCUUCUCAACCCAGUACUCUAAAUUUCUUCAGAAAUGAUAUUACCGCAGAUUCCACUAUGCUCAAUCAACUCAUUCAAGCUAUAAGUGCUAAAUCGAAGACGGAAAAUGCUUUAAAUCAGUCACCUCGAAUAAUUGUUACUCCAAAUUCCAGUGUUUUGUCCAUACAACGGACUACUCAAUGCAGUAAUGUAACUCCGCAGCAGUCACAAGCGUCUUUCAUGGUACAACCUUUAACUAGUUUUCAGGCAGCUCAACUCCUCAAUCUUUCCUCUACCCAACCAGCUAUUUCUCCUUCACAAAAUCUUUUCACAAAUUCUGGUAUACGCACUCUCCUAUCUGGUGAUUCUCUUACCUAUGGAAUAGCCGUUAACUGUUCCACCGCAAUCAUGUUAGCUCAAUUAGCAAAUAAUAUUUCAUCUUCCAUGUUGAAUCUAUCUCAGCAGUGCUCUGGGGAAGGAAAUACAAAUAAUAUGUGUCUCCAAAUCUCGGAAAUUAGUCAACUCCUUGGAGUUUUAAUCAGUCUAGCAACCUCUAUGUCUACCUCUCUUCCGGGUUUGUUGUCAUUAAGGAAUAACACAAAUGCACAGUCUUUGGUCGGGAAUUUACCACAAACUAGCCCGAUUUUAACGAGUUUAAUUUCUGCUAAUCAAGACUUAAACUCUACCCAACCCACUAAGGAGGUUUUAGCAAAAGUCGAAGCAAAAUCAGAUAUUGAAAUUAUUCCCAAACCUGUUCCUGCUCAAGAAACAUCAGAACCAUUGUCUUCUUCAACAAAUAGUGGAAAGCGCAGCCCUCCUGUUGCUGGAAUGUUAACUAGGAAUGGGGUUUUGCUGAAGUCCGUUAAAAUCCAUUCUCGACCCAAGAAACAUAUCUGUCCCUAUUCAGGGUGUGGCAGAGCUUUUCAAUCUAGAUACAACCUUGUGGAGCAUAUCAGAAUUCAUACGGGUGAGAGACCAUUUGUUUGUCCAGUUGCUGGAUGUACUUCGCGGUUUAAAAGACGGCGUGACCUACAUGAGCACUCAACUUUGCAUGAGGAUAAGCUGAAGGUUGAAGCAUUGCUCUCAAAAACAAAAAAGACGCUUCUUGUUACUUCUGUUCUGUCUGAAAAGGAGAAGUUGGAAAAGCCUGUUAAUGGAAUUCGAUCUCAAUCUCUAUUCUCCUGUCCAUUUCCUAAUUGCAAUGCUUCCUAUGCUAGAAGACAUCGUCUUUAUCAGCAUAUGUGCAAGCAUAUUGGAAUUGGGCCCGUGUUCUGUGAUUACCCUAAAUGUACGCUGCGAUUUUUCAAUGCUGAGGACUUGAAACGUCAUAAAAUCUCCCAUAAAUACCCCUAUCGUGUUGAUGAAAAGAAGAAUCACAUCUGCCUCUUUAAUAACUGCGGAAAAGUCUACUCUAAAAUGAACAAACUAAUGGAGCAUAUUCGGUCUCAUUCUGGCGAAAGGCCAUUUGUUUGUGAUAGAGAGGGCUGCAAAGCUGCAUUCAGUCGACAGUAUGGAUUAAAACGGCAUUUAGCAAUUCAUUCCACGGAGAAAAAGGAGAAAGUGGAGACCCCAGCAGUGAUUGAAGAUUCCACUAAACCGAGUCUUAUUUCAUCAGCACCAUUGGUUGUGUCGAGCUCGACUCCUGUAUUCCCACAAACUAUUGGCUUGGUGUCACAAGCUCCUCCUAAACCUCAGGCAACUAUUUUGAAUCUAUUCCAAGCAUUAACAUCUUCAGCUCCAGUCCAGCUCCAAUCAAUAGUAACAACUGCGCCAAAGCAUACUACUACGGAAAAUGUACUUAACUCAGCUAGUAAGCUUCCUCCCCCUCCUGCUAAAGUGCCAAUAAGUGCAGUAUCAGCACCAGUUACAGCUAUCCCUAAUCGAAGUCCUAAAUCAAAUCUAGCUCAACGCUCCAGCAAAGCGGCUGCAACUCCAUCAGCAUCCGCCCUGGCUGAAAAGGCAUUGGUUGUUACUUGUGCAUUUGGAAAGCGUCGACACGUUUGUCCCGUUGAGAAUUGUCAAAAAGUGUUCCCAAAAUUGAACAAACUUCGUGAGCACAUCUGUCGACAUACAGGUGAAAGACCCUAUGCUUGUCAGGAGUGCACUGCAACAUUUGUCAGGAUGUAUGACCUUCGUCGACAUGCCCAAAUUCAUACUCGCAAGAAAUUGGUAUUCUAA